UUGUCUCUGCAAUUAGGGUUCCCAGUGGAGCAUCCCUCUCCCCCGCCGACCAACACACAGGUCCCCUGCCCCAAGACUGUUCCCGGGGUCACCUACCAGUCCGCUCCGCGCGGGCCAGCCAUUGGCUGAGCGUAGAGAAGCUGGGGUAAUCCUCCCCCUGUGAAGUAAAUGGUACAGCCCGCAGCCCCAGGGUGGGGGUGGGGGCAGCUAGAGCCCCGAGGGGGAGGGGGGAGGGGGCGCCUUUAUCCCGGGCUGCGCUCACUCAAGCCCAGCCGACCUGCCACCCUGGGUAGCGCGGGGACCGAAGGGACGCAUGGCGGGAGCCCACGCGGGGCUGGGAAUGGAGGGAGGCAGUGACUGCGGCGGCAGCGGCGGUGGCGGCGGCGUCGGGGUCGGCCGGAGCAGCAACCGGACUCUGUCCUAUAGCCGCUGGAGUUAUGACAGUGUUUUGGACGAUGAAGGCAACACCCUACGGCAGCAGAAACUUGAGAGGCAGAGGGCUCUGUUGGAGCAAAAGCAAAAGAAGAAGCGCCAGGAGCCCUUGAUGGUUCAGUCCAACCCCGACAGUCGCACGAGGACACGCCGGGCUCGGCAGUCGGAGGAGCAGGCCCCGCUCGUGGAAUCCUACCUUCACAGCAACAGCAGCACCAGCUACCAUGUACAGGAGGCUGAACAAGAUGACGGGAAGUUGAAUGAGGACCCUGUGAUGCCCAGAUCAGCCAAGAGGAGCCCUGCAGCAGGGGCGAUGGCGGCAGCUGGUCAGGGCGGUAUCUCUAGGAAGGAGAAGAAGGGGAAGUCCAAAGGGAGUGAUGGGUUUUUCUCGGAUGAUGAGCCAGACCCCAACGCACAGAUCCUGACAGUGGGGCGGUCUGGCUCCAGUAGGAGCCUGGGAGAGGCAGCAGCUGCUGGAGGGCAGCAUCCAUCCAAGCCGGACCUCCGUACCACAAUGCAGACAAAGGGGAUCUCCAGCAGCAUGAACUUUGAUGAAGAGGAAGAGGAGGAAGAGGAGGAGGACGAUGAAGAAGACAGCUCUAGCUCUUCCCAGUUAAACACCAAUGCCCGGCCAGGCUCUGCCACCAGCAAGAAGUCAAACAAGGAGACGGCCUCAGCCCCCAGCCCCUCGGCCCAGGCCCCACUCAUAGAGGUGGAGGAUCUGGAGGAGUUCGCGCUCAGGCCCGCACCCCAGGGCAUCACCAUCAAAUGCCGCAUCACUCGAGACAAGAAGGGGAUGGACCGAGGAAUGUACCCCACCUAUUAUCUGCACAUGGAGCGGGAGGACGGAAAAAAGGUGUUCCUCCUGGCUGGAAGGAAGAGAAAGAAGAGUAAGACAUCUAAUUACCUCAUCUCCGUAGACCCGACGGACCUAUCCCGAGGAGGAGAGAGCUUUGUGGGGAAACUCCGGUCAAACCUCAUGGGGACCAGGUUCACCGUAUACAACAAUGGCGUCAAUCCAAUGAAGACGUCAUCAUCAAAUCUGGAAGGUGCAAAUAUAAGGCAGGAGCUGGCAGCCAUUUGCUAUGAAACAAAUGUCUUGGGAUUUAAGGGCCCUCGGAAAAUGAGCGUGAUCAUCCCUGGCAUGAGCAUGGUGCAUGAGAGGGUCUCCAUUAAACCUAGAAAUGAACAGGAGACGUUGCUGGCUCGGUGGCUAAAUAAGAGUACAGACACUGUCAUUGAACUCCACAACAAGACGCCAGUGUGGAAUGAUGAUACCCAGUCCUAUGUGCUCAACUUCCAUGGUCGGGUCACGCAGGCCUCUGUCAAGAAUUUCCAGAUCAUCCAUGCAAAUGACCCUGACUACAUCGUGAUGCAGUUUGGCCGGGUAGCGGAGGACGUGUUCACCAUGGAUUACAACUACCCGAUGUGCGUCCUGCAGGCGUUUGCCAUCGCGCUCUCCAGCUUCGACAGCAAGCUGGCUUGUGAGUAAGCGGGCGGGCGCUGCCCCAACCCCCCGCCCCGCAGGAAGCCCCCAAGCCAGUCCGUGGCCCCAGGACUUGCCACGUGGGCCUGGCUGAGGCCGGUCCCCCACUGCCUCACAUUGGACCCUCUCCAGCCAAGACGGGAGAAAUGGCGCGUUUCUCUCCAGCACUCCCAUCUCUCAUCAUUUGUCUUUCCUGAAGAUGGCGAGGCGCCCUCGCUCUGAACAUAGACACCUCACUCCAUGCUCCCAGACCCUUCCCAGACCUCCCAGACCUCCAUUGGGCAUUAUUCCCUCCUCGUCACUCCUGGCCUUUACCCUCCCUCCCAGCCUAUUCCAUCUUGGCUUCCCUCGACCCCUUCCAACCUGCCCUGUCCCAUCUUUCCUCAUCCUCCCUUGCCAGGCCUCCCUCUGGGCUCGACUGGGCCCAGGUUCUGGCCCAGUUGGGGGGAAGAGGGGGGGUGCCGUGAACUAGAGAGCACAUUCCUCAGGGACCCAGGGAAAACUCCAAGCGUCCCCAUCCACCCUGACUCACAAAUACAAACUGUGCCCAGAGAGAGGGGGUUUGGAGCUCCCUCUGUGGCUGUGUCAAAAUCCAUGUUAGUCAGUCUUUGUCCCGGGCCUUGGGGGCGUAAAGGCGGGCAGAACCUGGGGUGUCCUGCCACAGCAGCCUGUCUGAGGUUGCUGCCCAUUGCCCUGCGGUCCCCACUCAGGGCCUUGAUUUCCUGGGGAACCACAUUGUUCUAAAGCCACUUCCCACAGUCUCUGCUGAUCCAGGGGUGUGUGGAUGAAAGACUGCGUCUGUGGCUCAGGGUAUCACUUGCCCCUUGUGUCUCUUUCUGUACACUUGUGACUGCGCAUGUGGGUGACCCGUGUGGGAUUGGCAUCUGGGUCUGUUCCCCUGUGUGACUGCUUGUGCUUACGUGGCUGCCCGUGUGAAUCCGUGUGACCAGCAGCUUGUGUGAACGGGUCAUGUGUGCCACUCCUUGCUCCGGAUUUCACAUGCUUCCUAGGGUGUGGUAGAGACUUUGGGGCAGUCGGGCAAUGGGUUUUUUUCUCCCUUGUACUGAGUGGCCUGAGGAAUUUAUUAUUUUGUAUGCGGGCAAGCCAGCCUGCCUUGCCCAAAGCCUCAGCCCUAGGCAGGACUCAGGCCUAGCUUAGAGGGCAGUGCUGAGAUUUCCUUGUUUCAGCAGAGCCGGAGCCUGACUGUGAUGCCCCUAGGAUGAUGCCAGAAAUAUGCGGCCAGCCCUAGGAGGCAGUUUUAUCUGGGCCUGGCCUGAGGAAAGGAUAUCUGAGAGCUCUAAAGCCAAAGUCAGGCUGGCUUUCCUCAGAGUAGUGUGCAAGGCAGAGUCCUGGAUUUGGGUUCAAAUCCUAGCUUUCCUCUUUACAACCUGUGUAACUUUAGGCAAGUCACUUAAUUCUUCUGCACCUUAAUUUCCCCAUCUGUAAAAUGAGGGGGACAGGGUUGGACUAGAUGACCUCUGAGGUCCCUUCCCAAUCUAAAUCUGUGAUCUUCUUAUAAUCCUAAUUGAGUUACAUGAGUGGGGUGUAGAUCCUGGACUCUAAAUCUAUGAUCCAAAGUCCAUUUUUACUCAUUCCACCCUUGCUAUGCCCAGGGAGCUGUUUAAUAAUAAUUAUAACAGCAGUAGCUCACACAUCUGUAGUGCUUUAAAGCUUACAAAGUCCUUUUCCCCCAGAGGCCUUGGGAGGUAGGUAGUACAAAUGCUAUUACUGCUAUUUUACAAAGGAAGAAAUCAAGGCUGAAUGUCUUGAAUGGAGCCAUUUUGGACUUGCCUUGAGGAGAUGAGGUAGGAGACAUGGGUUCUGUCCCCAGCUUUGAAGCCUUGUUAGACAGGCCCCUUCCUUCUGUCCUUAGUCCCUCGUUCCUCUUUUAGAGGAGAGAAAUGGGUUCAAGGAUGGCCCCGGUGUCCUCCUCUUCCUGUGAUGGAAUCCAGGAAUUGAAGCCCAGACAUGACAUUAGGGAUUUUUAAGAAAUGCAAUGUCUUGGGAAUGGGGGCAGGGCAGGACACCGGUGGCCCAGAAAUCCCAAAGCACAAACCAACCAACUUUGUUUCCUACCCCAGUGGGGUGGGCUGUGGGGCAGGGGAGAUGUUCAGGAAUAAGAAAUGGGGAGAAUUUUGGACUAAAUGGCAUGGAACCCCAGAAUGGUUACAGGGCCUCAUUUAUCAGUAGGGCAGGAGGAGUGAGGGCUGAAGGAAGUAUUUCAGGUGGGACCUUGGUCAGGACGAAUGAGAUCUGCAGCCUUCAAGGGCAGGCAGUCUUCUCAACUCUGCUGGUUCUUGGUGGCCUCUCUGCUUCGGGUAUUAUUCGUCCCCACUCUCAGGGGCCCCUCCAAGACAAACCAGCUUCCCUUUCCUCCUAACCCUGAAUGGCUGUUGUGUGCAAGAGGGGAGUUUGUAUGAGCAUGAAUGUACUUGCAGGCAGCCCUGCUGCUGCCCUCUGAAGUCAAACCAGACUGAAGGACAGAAACUGCUGGGUCAAAGUCAGCAUGGGAGAAUAGUCUGUAUUGUUUGGGAAGCAGAUGUCUCCCAGGAAUUCUGUCCCCUCGCUUCCUGACCUUCUUGGGGCAGAGAGUGCCCCUGGAUUGGGAGAAAAGGUAAUUCCUCAGAGGCUCUGGGCAAGAGGAGGGUGUUUGGAGAAACAGCAUUUUCUAUAUUUUUCCUUUCCUUUUUGCAUUACUAAACUUAAAGAAAUCAAUUAGUUUGCAUGUGUGUUCUUGGGCAAAUUGGGACACAUUCUGGGGAAAGUGCCUUAACAAUUAACACUAGUGAAGAAAGCAUGUGUGAGAGGUCCAGUUCUUCAGUGGGAGUACUCUAGGGAAGAUGCUGACCUCACAAGGGCAAGGCAUACAGAUGGUUUUAGGAGACCAAAGAGUUCAAGGGUGGGAAGAUUGGGUGGAGGCCUGGUAGGUUCUCUGCUAUCAGUGAAAAGGAGAAAAUGGAAAGUCUACCCUGUUGAGUUUUUAAAACGUAGGUGAGUUGCUAGUAGGAUUGUAUAGUCCAUGUCUGAGCAUGCCUGGGGGGAGAAGGGGGUGCUUGGUCUUGAGUUCUCCCAUGGUUCUGAAGGCACUCUUAACACAAGCAAGUUCUAUCAUUGAAAGGCCUGUGUGGUUUUUCCUUGGCAAUAAUGUUGGCAUCUUCCCUCCUUUGGCACCCUCUUCCCUCUCACCAGUCCUCUUCGAAGACCCCUGAGUGCAGGCCAGGGCCAGGCGUCUUGGAGGACACUCAUUAGGGGCCACCUCUCCCUGAUGUAUUCCCAGGUGGCAAUUGAUUCUUCACUUCCAAAGACGUGGCCUAACGCAGCCGAUUUCCAUUGGUACCCAGAAUUGUAAGUGAGUCCCUGGCUACCGGCCCGUGGAAAGUGACCAGAAGACAGCAUUUGGCUUCUCCCUGCUCCGGCUCAGUCCACCUCGGAAGCAUGGGCUGGGCUGCUUCUGUCCCUCCGAAUCCCUGGGAGUGAGUCCUGGCUGGCUCCUGGCUGACCUGAGGUGGGUGGUCAGUGCUCCCUCUAGCAGUGAGUGGGCACUGCUUCCCAGUCAGCAGCAGACUCAUAGGCAGGAUCCCAGCCUCGUCUCCUUUUAAGGGGCUGUGGGGACUCUUUGUGCUUAAUCGGCUCAAAGCUUGGCUUGACAUUUCUAUGUGCUUUUGCUUUCAGAAAGGAGAGAUUGGGGGAGCAUUCUAUUUUUUAUGAGCAUUCCAACUGAGUUUUUAUUACAAGACCAAAUCAGAGCAAACCAAAUCACCACCCACCACCACCACCACCCCUUGGCACCCAUUACAUUGUCCAGCUCAUCACAGUGCCUUUUUUUUUCCUUUUCUAUAAGGGACCCCCCCCAUUCUCCCUCUCUUUAUCUCUUUUCUCCCCAAGGCUUGCUAGAAUCUGAGCUGAGCUGGGCCUCAGGUGAUUCCCGUAGUGUAGCUCUCAGUGAGUUAGAAAGUGGUCUGGCCAGAAGGCCCAACAUCACCUCAGUGCUGAGAGCCCAGACUUAGCCACUCAUUUCCCAUAAUGCCUAGAAUGUGUUAUGUCUAUUUGCACAAGAGUGUCUUUUCCUAUUUUCGAGUGGUCAGACAUUUUAUUUUUGUUCAAAACUAUCUGGAGUUUUAGAUGAACCUGUGCUUUUAUUAAGUGACUUUUUAAAUAAACUCUUUGGUAUUUGAGCAAAUGUAUUUAUUUAUCAGUAUGUGCAAUGCCUAAUUUGGUAUUUUCAUAAUGACAUGUCUGGUAUAGGAACUAGUGUUUGGCUACAUACAGAAAGCAUACUAACAAAUUAAACCUUAAUGUUUCAA